ACAAAUAUGCGGUUCACCAAACUAUUUGGCUCCAGAAGUCUACCUAAAGGAAGGCCAUUCAACAAGAUCGGAUUGUUGGGCAGCUGGGGCCACUCUGUACUUUAUGUUAUGUGGCAUACCGCCGUUCCAGUCAGCAGAGGCAGGUGACAACGAUUCUCCUCCAGUGAGGCUGAACAGUCCAUUCGGAUGCGAGACACAGCUGCGUUCUGUGCCAUCGGCGCUAUCAAGCAUCCAAGUACGCUCAAUUUGUCGUGCUCUUCUGUGGGGGCGCUACUCCUUCCCUCGGGGAUUACAGUGGCCCGCAAGACAGACAGUUGAGUCGUUACUUCAACGGCAACCACACUUACGAGCAACAGCUGCUGAAGUUAUGAGAAUGGAGUUCUGUACUCACCAUCGGGCCAAGUGCUCAUCCUCGGAAUCAGCAUAUGAACCAACGGAAGUUAAAUUACAAGGCUGUCAACAUGACCUGUUCGCUGUGAAUACUCUGAACGGUGUGCAAGUGACAAAGCUUCCGAAUUGGCUACCGAAAGCGUCCGAUGAAUUUACUGCCACCAGUGCUGCCGUCCAUUUCAAGUCCAUCAAUCCGCAUCUAGAGCACGAAUUUUCAGAAAGCAUCAAUCCCACAAAAGGCGUGGCGUACACGGGAAAGGAGGCGGUUUACGACAUAUUCAAGCUGCUCUCGAAUCGUGUGAAGCGACCAUCAAAACAGUUGGAAUCCACACAAAUUUGCAUAUUGCACUGGGUCUCUCGAUGGGCGCUGACGAAGCAUCCAUUCCUCUACUAUACUCUGGACAAAGUCAAGCUAAUGAGAUCUGGAGGAAAAGCUGUAGUUCCCUACAAGGAUUUGUGUGUUGGUCAACCGAUGGGGAAAGGAGACGAAUGUUGGGGAGUUACCAAUCGCAGUGGCCAAGGCUUGAUACAAACCAAGGGGAAAAGAUUGCACCAAGUGGGAACGGACUCGUUUUUGUUUCCGGACCCAAUUCCUACUCUGUUUGACGUGCGAACGCACUGUGAGUUUUUGGUCCGGCGGUUGAAUCCAUUCGAUCCAGUCACAAGCAGAGAGACACAGCAACCGGAUGGGCAUCAAGCAGACGACGACAAGUAUGUACACGAUAAUCAGCCACCUGUGUUCGUGCAACGGUGGAAGGACCAUGGAAACAAUUUGCUAUUUUUCUUCUCAACCGGCGGAUGGCAAGUGAACUUCUACAACCAUUCCAAGCUGAUUGUACACUAUCCGUACAUCCUAGUGCACAGAGACUCAAUCGGUGAUGAAGCGACGACGAUUUCAAGAUACCACUUGAGUA